CUGUAAUAAUAUAAUACUGGCUCAUUCCGUUUCUCCUCCAUCGACACUUCCUGCAUCUUGCCGGUUUGUCUGCAUCCUGCCCCCGCCAUUGACACCCAUUCAGUUCCUGACCAGGAGCCUCUACAUCCUCGUCCUGUGUCUUGGUUUCUCCUUUCGCUUAGAAACCUAGCCUUCUCACCGCAUUUUUCUCCUCUUCCUUUUCAUCUUCUCACCCUCUUCAUCCUCGUCUGUAGUUGUUUCCUAUUUUGGGUUUUGUCAACUACUGGUUCCAGCCCUAUUGCAGCCAAUCACUUCACUGGGACGUCAUAGCCCUUCCUCCUUAUCAACCAUGUUGUCUGCUGGCGAGCUACCUCAACCAUCUCACCAUGCUGCCGUGGUAAACGGUUCUCGCCUUUCCGUCUCCAAGAUGUCCACUGGCUAUCGUACCACUCCUCCCCCUCGGCCAGAUAUGACCAAUGGUCAACCCCAGGUGCCACAUUCUUACGCUCCGCCAUCACAUCCUGAAUCUGAGUCUUCCGGUCCGCAUAUCCAGCAUAUCUGGGUCGUAACCGGCCCUGCAGGCUCGGGGAAGAGUACAGUCGGCGAGGAUAUUAAUAAUGCAUUGAAACUGCCUUUUCUCGAAGGUGACGAUUACCACCCACGAAGCAACAAGGAGAAAAUGGGCGCCGGAAUCCCCCUCACCGAUGAAGACCGCUGGGACUGGUUAACCUCCCUCCGCGAAGCUGCCGUCAAGGUCCUACCCCCCUCCGAGGAAAACCACUAUCAACCCCCGGACGGCGUCGUGGUCGCCUGCUCCGCCCUGAAGCGAAAAUAUCGUGACGUUGUCCGCGUCGCCGCCUACGAGUGUCCCAAUGUGAAGAUCCAUUUCAUCUACCUCAAACUCGACAAGGAGGCGCUCUACGACCGUCUGGAACAUCGCAAGUCCCACUACAUGAAGAGUGGAAUGGUUAACUCGCAGCUUCAGAUUCUCGAGGAGCCUAGUCCCACUGAAUGGGAUUCUACCACCGUCGAUGCUGAUGCAUCUCCCGAUGUUGUGCGGCAGAGAGUGAGGGAUGUUGUUUCGGAGAAGUUGGCUGAGUGCCAGUAGUUUCUUCCUUUCCCUUUUUUUGCCGUUCUGAGUUUCUGUAAGAAUUGGGGGUUUUAUCUUUUUUUAACUUGUUUGAACAUUGGAGUUUGGAUGGUGCAUAUAUUGGGGUUUUUUUGCCCUUCUUUUAAUAUUGUUUCUAUUGUUUCCUGCUGGGAUUCCACCGUCAUCUGUCGAUGAUGUCACCAUCAAAAGCGGAAAUAGAGUCUGCACCAGUGUCUGUUGGCAACAUUGAAGAUUGUCAAUAGCGGAAUUAUUUCUCACGAAUUAUAAAGAUACUUGAAUGAACAUAUUAGGAGAAAU